CGAUCCUCUUAGGUUUGUUGCUAAUGCUAAUGGCCCGGAACGGUAAAGCAGCACUCCGAAGAUGGCCGGGGUGUUCGAGGUGGAGGUUGAUGGUGUAGAGCACGACCAUGGCUUACAGCAUCACGAUGAACCGCACCAGUUUGAUGUGUCCAAACUUUCACCAGAAGAGAAGUGGAGGGUGGAGCAUGCAAGAAUGCAUGCCAAACACAAAGGUCAUGAGGCCAUGCACGCAGAGAUGGUGCUGAUCCUCAUCGUCACGCUUGUUGUUGCACAGCUAGUCCUUGUGCAAUGGAAACAGAGACAUCCAAAGUCAUACAAUCUGGUGACUCUGUUCCAGAUGUGGGUAGUUCCUCUCUACUUUACAACCAAACUGCACUGGUGGAGGUUCCUGACCACAUGGUUUAUCUUCUCUGUCAUCACAGCGUACAUCUCAUUCCGUGCCACUCGCAAGCCACUAGCCUGCACCACGCCGAGGCUGGUGUACAAGUGGUUUCUCCUUCUCUACAAGAUCAGCUAUGCCACGGGAAUAGUUGGCUAUACUGUUGUCAUGUUUACACUUUUUGGUAUAAACCUAAUAUUCAGGAUAAAACCGGAGGACGCCAUGGACUUUGGCGUGUCACUGCUGUUCUACGGUCUGUACUACGGCGUCCUGGGGAGGGACUUUGCAGAGAUGUGUGCAGACUUCAUGGCUUCGACUGUUGGGUAUUACAGUGCAUCUGGAAUGCCCACCAAGCACCUGUCUGACAAUAUCUGUGCCGUGUGCGGUCAGCCCAUCCUCGUCGAUGUCAGUGAGGAGGGCAUCAUCGAGAACACGUACAGAUUAUCCUGCAACCAUGUGUUCCAUGAGUUUUGCAUAAGAGGAUGGUGUAUCGUCGGAAAGAAGCAGAUGUGCCCGUACUGCAAAGAGAAGGUGGACCUGAAGAGGAUGUUCAGUAAUCCUUGGGAGAGGCCACAUGUCAUGUACGGACAACUUUUAGACUGGCUUCGGUACUUGGUGGCCUGGCAGCCUGUUAUCAUUGGAUUUGUUCAAGGCAUCAACUACGUCCUGGGUCUGGAGUGACCUGUGACACGCAGAAAUGGACACACAACCCAAAAGGAGACGACACGCACUGGCUCAGAAGACUGAGGGCCCAACGUUGAACUAAAACACCAAUUAAAAGUGUCUAUACUUUUUGUAUAUAUUUAUAGGCACAUACUAUCUGUAUUUACAGUUUAUUCAAACUUUAUUGGUAACCUGAAUUUGGAUGUAUUAUCAGUUUCCCCAGAUUUGCUUUAAACUUGGUUUGUGCGACCUACGGCCCAGUGAAGCGGUUCUAAUCAUUAGGGAGGUGCUUUUUGCUGAUUUAAGUCUUAAGUGUUUGUUAAUUCUUAGUUCAAGGGUCAUGAUGGAGAAUUGUUCAUCCUCAUGUCUGAUGGCUCACACAAAAUUAAUAGAGAUUAGUGAUCGCUCCCUGGACAUCCAAAGCCCACACAUGGAAGACAUUUGGCCACUGAACAUUUCAUGUAAUCACUCAUACGAACUGGAGUGAUGUCAGAGAGGGUUUCUUAUGUGCAUUGUCAUUCUGGGGGAAAAACGUUUUUCGUUAAACGCAGGGUUCUCGAUACAGUAGUUUGGAAAAAAAGGAACUGGAUGUUACAAGAUUUCCAAAUGUUUCUGUGGGGAUAGUCAUCGAUACCAUCUGAAGAAGCGUAAUCCGAUUUACUUUGACCUUUUGAGUAUUAUACAAUAUCUCAGUCACUUGGUUUCUACGAGUAGAGGAAGGUCACUGUGUUCCAGGCUGUUUUUGUUUUUAUUUAAAUUGUGAGUUCACAAAAAUAUCUCACCUGUGGUUUUUUGCCUUAUUGAUAGUUUGGGGUAUUUGGGGCCAGAUAUUUUCUUUGGAACUUCUUUCUACAAAAUAAAUGGUUCUUGUAAA